CCACAUUCCUCUGUAAGGUACUUACCUUGUUCUCGCCCUCGAUUCCACCUGAUCCUCCCUUAUUGUUCCCUCCCUUCCAACCAAAGCUCUUCCAGCAUCCGCAGAGCCCGCUUGGUCAAUUCCAUCGGAAACCCGAUUUCAAAAGGCGACUGAGGUGACGGACAACAGCACCAUGGCCGAAACCAAGACCGCGGUUGUGCCUGACGGCGACCUGCCGCAGCUGAACACCCUCCGGCAUCUGCUCACGUACCCAGCCGUCCAAGACAGCGUCCGGGCCUUCCGAGAGAACGCGCUCGGCAGGCUGUCGAUCCAGCUGAGCAACUCGGCCUACCAGAUGGUGGUGCGGCCGGUUGCAUCCCUCCUGAACAAGCCCUACGGCCUGGUGGCGCCGUACGUGCAGCGCGCGGACCAGCUCGGCGAUCAGACGCUGUCGACCCUGGAGAAGAAGUUCCCGGUCGUCAAGAAGCCGUCGCCCGAGCUGCUGAGCGACGCCCGGCAGGCCGUAUACGCGCCGGUGCGGCACGUGUCGGAGGUCUACAACGGCACCUACCAGCAGGCGCCGGGCGGGUACACGGCCAGCGGCAUGGCGGCCGUCAAGACGGCGGCCGUCCUUACUGGCGAGGGCGUCGUCUUCACGCUCCGCAGCCUGGUGAAAUUGGGCGAGUCCCUGAAGAUCGGCGAGUCCCUCAACGCCCGCGCCGACUCCAUCGAGGCCGCCAUCGGCAACCACGGGACUUCCGGCCAGAAGAAGCAGGGUACGUCGGGAGGCACCAAGAAGACCGACUUGAAGGCUGCCAGCACUUGAGAUUGGCCACGUUUAGUGAGGAUGGGGAGUCGGACGUGUACGAUAAGGCCUGCUGAGGCCGAAGGCCGACAAACAGCGAUGAGGAUCCGGUACGCGUGAGGUCGGAAAGCGUAUUCUUUUUGGUCAGAGGCAGGCUGGGUGCUGUUGCUGCGAAGGUUUCGGGAAUUGCACCCCAUGCGGGAGGGCAAGGGGGAAUGAGCUUGGGUUCCCGAUCAUCAGCCCUGCUUUUCUUUUCCCACUCUGUCGGAUUAGGUUGUUGGUCUGCAAGGAAAACGUUCAAUCCAUAGUGGAUAUCAAAAUAGAAUGGUGCCAUUCA